CGGGACGGCAUUCCCUGACACUCCGUGGGAACUCGUUUCGUCAGCAGCACAUUAGAUGUAGCGCACUCUCGGCUCUGAGCUCUACUAGUUUAGAGCAGAGGCGACUGGACCCGCUGCGCUCACAUUAGCACACGAUAGCAACGCUCAAUAUCGCGAACAGUAAUAAGGCGCAAGCCCCAUCAGCGAUCUGCCUCCACGAGAGGCGACAGCUUCUGUUUCAAGGCGCCUCAAUGUGCGACGCGAGAAUGGCUCGUAGCUUUGGACGACGUCGUCCUGCGCCGGUGCGAAUCGCAUCGUCGACGGUGGUGCGUGUAGCGCUCACGCUGAUCGUCGCCUUGCUUUCGCGUCGUGCUCUCGCUGCCACGGAUCCCGCUCACUUGCCCAUUCUCAGGAGUUUCGCGGCCCUAGGCAAUCCCACCAGCCCGCCUUUCAACGCUUGGGCAGGCGACGACCCGUGCGGUGCCGAUGCAGGGAGCGCAUGGCCAGGAAUAAAGUGUGACGGGGGCGGCACAUUCAACGUAGUGUCUGAGAUUGACAUUCAGGACGCCCAGCUAGCGGGGGACUUGCCUCCAUCGCUCUUCGGCCUCACCACGCUCCGCACCAUCAAUCUGGCACUCAACCCUAAAAUCACGGGCAGCUUUCCAGAGACACUGGGGAACCUUUUGCAGCUGACUACACUCGACAUGCACAGCUGCGGUCUCUCUGGUUCUAUCCCGUCCACCAUUGGACGCCUCACCAGCCUCAAGUACUUCCUCGUCAACCAGAACCGCCUGUCGGGCUCCCUGCCCUCUCAGAUGGGCGCCCUCCCGCACCUCUACAUGCUGGACGUCAUGGACAACCAGCUCGAGGGGCCUCUGCCAUCAUUCCAGGGGGCCACAGAGCUGGGCCAUCUCCACAUGAGCCGCAACCUGUUCACGUCUGUUCCUGCAGAGAUCAGCCAACUGCCAAAACUGGAGCACCUGCUUAUGGACAGUAACAGACUAACUCAUGACAUUCCACUCGCUUUUAACAACACCAACUUUACUGUUAUCUAUUGGAGCAACAACAUAAUACCCGGCCCUCUGCCCUCCACCUGGUUCUUUCCCAAACUCAGGGACUUCCUCGUCAGCAACUGUUCCCUCCCAGACCAGCCCCUGCCCUCCUUCCCUCGCUCUGUCAAUCUCUCCAACCUGGACCUGAGUGGCAACAGCUUCACAGGCGCCAUUCCUGGCUCUCUGUUUCAGCAGAGCCCCAACCUCGUCAACCUCAACCUGGCCAGCAACGCUCUUGACUCGGAUCUCCCUCCAGAAAUCACCACCGCCUCCAAGCUGCAAUCCGUGUUCCUGGCUGACAACCAGCUCACCGGCCCCCUGCCAGACCUCUCUGGACUCUCCAGUAUCGUGUCUCUCUCGCUCUACGACAACGACUUCACUAGCGUGCCGCCCGAUCUGCUCGAGAGGAACAACCUCACGCUGCAGCUCUACAACAACAACGUGUGCAAGCCGUUCAACCCAGAGUACCUAGGAGUGUGCUCCCCUCCAACAUCCCUCACCCAGUACACCUCCCCAGCUUUCUGCGACGGCUUGGCCUGCAAGGACGAGCUUUACACCCCUAGCGCACCGAUCUAUAGCGAGUCGCGCUCCUGUGUGUGCGUGUCCCCUUUAAGAGUCGACCUGGAGCUGUUUAUAUCCGAUUUCGUGGUGUACCACAAGGACCUGGUGGAGCAGCUAGAGCAGAGGAUAUUCUCUGAGCUCACAACCAAGUCUGCCAUCAACAUCAGCAGGUCUCAGGUCCUCAUCUCCGCCAUCAGCAGCCCCGCCACCCUCUACUCACUCGCCUCCACCUUCGCCUCGGACCACACCGACCACGAGUCCACGCUCAUCGUCACUGUCCUCUUCUUCCCGCCUGCGGGCGACGCCAGCUGGUUCCCGCGCGACACGCCGCAGGCCAUCCGCAGGGCGCUCACUACGCGCGACCUCACAGCGCGCGUCGCCCUCGGCAACUUUGGGCUGUUCCGAGUGGCGGGGUUCUACGGCCCGGCGCCUUACAACCCGCCAUCGCAGCAGGCUGCUUCUGGGCUGAGCACCGGAGCCAUCGUGGCCAUUUCAGUGUCAUCCGCUGCUCUUGGCAUCGCCCUCAUCGUGGCUCUGCUGAUGCGACCCUGGGAGAAGAGAGGGUGGAGCCAUGCGGACUACGAGGCCCUGGAGGGCAUCAAGCUGCAGCACGCUCGGCGCUACUCGCUGAAGCAGCUAGCCGAGGCCACCAGUGGCUUCGACGACACGCUUGUGCUGGGGGAGGGAGGAUAUGGCAAGGUGUACAAGGGCGUGUUGAACGGCGAGCCGGUGGCGAUAAAGAAGGCGACGGAGAAGCGGCGGCACGACGGGGUGGACUUCAAGAACGAGAUCGAGAUGUUGACGGCCGUGUCGCACGGCAACCUCGUCAAGCUCACCGGCUUUUGCGUGGAGAAAGACGAGCAGCUGCUCGUCUUCGAGUUCAUGGAGGGCGGCGCGCUAGAUGCUUGGAUCAGAGGCGGGUACGGGUAUACCCGACCGACUUAGCAUAAAUGGGGUAAUGCUAC